UUUUUUGUUAUGUAACCAACAUGAUUCGGUUGCUGUGAUGCAGUGACACUGACCUCUAGUGGUUUCUGUGUAUAAAUACCCUGGUCUUCUAAAUCUAGGCCAUGUUUUGAAUUUGUGGAUACACUCCCCCCCUCAUGCUUGUUAUCAGCACGUGUAGUGAAACGCGUUAUUGGUUGAAACCGGCUGUGAUUGGCCCGCUCACUGUUUGUUUUCAGUCUGUCCUCAUCGGUCACAGACUGUGACCUAUUAGAAGCUGCAUGACAAGGCAACAUCUUGAAAUCACUGGCAACAAAAAUGCUAUUGGUUUUCAACGAUUCCUCAGCCAGCCUGGGAACAGAAAUGUGCAUGACUUUGUCUGCUAAUGAAAGAUGUUUCCAUCUUAUCUUUCCACCGUUAGACUAAAUAUUCUUUUAAAAGGUUUUUUUUUUAAUACCAUCUCCAGUAUUGUGCUCACCAACAGUUCUUUGUUGUAUAAAUCAAUGACUGAGUACAGGAAUAGUUUCCUUAUUGUUGAAGGAUUGCUCCCAAUCGAUUGGUAGAGAUGUCUAUUGAAAGUGAAGGGGACAGAACAAAUGAGGGCGGGAGCAGAGACGGAGUGUGUGUGUUGGUGUGUGUAUGCGACAGAGAGAGAGAGAGCUAGCUAUAAAACAGACUUUGGACUCCAACCAGCUCAGUCAGAGACAGCUGUGCAGGACGAAGCUCUGCUUCUACGCAAGGCUCAUAACAUUCUGACAAAACACAACGUGCUUUAAUUCUUUUUCCUGGAAAACAGAUUUUUAAUCAGAAUAAGCCAGGAUGGCGACCAUGUUCAGAUAUCCUGUCUUUCCUCAUCUGCAGGAUCCUUGUGAUCCUGGAAGGAGUGUCAUGGCAGAACCGGACUACCUGGAGGGAGACUGUGAUGAGCUCAUCCAACCCAAAAAGCUGAUUAAUCCAGUCAAGAGCUCCCGAAACCACCAGGACCUCCACAGAGAGCUUAUUAUGAACCAGAAGAGGGGCCUUGCUCCUCAGAACAAGCCAGAGCUCCAGAAGGUUCUAGAGAAAAGGAAGAGAGAACAAGUUAUCAAGGCCCAAAAGGAGGAGCAGGAGGCUCACAAGAAGAGAAGCGACCUGGAAAUAGAGCUCAUGAAAAGACAACAGAAACUAGAGCAGCUUGAACUGGAACAGCAGAAAAUUCAGGAGGAGCAGGAAAACACCCCUGAGUUUGUGAAGAUGAAGGGCAACCUGCGCCGCACCAAGCAGGAAGCCGGCGGUGAAGAGCAAGCCACCUAAAAUCCGGCCGGGAUGUCUGGGUCUGGCUGACUGAGAAGCCAAGGAGUGUGUGUUGUGUCUGUGGUAACACGGUGAUGAGCCUCUUGGCGUUCCCUUACCCAGCUGUUCCUUCCUGCAGCGAGGAGAGAGACUUUAGAGACUAAAGAUCCCCAACCCCUUCUUUCUCCCUGCAAUGGACCGCCAGCACUCGCUCCUGUCCAGCAGUACGCAGCACCCCCACUCACAGGAGGCACCUAACACAGACAUGUUACACGCAUUUCCACACAGGCCAGCAAGCUUCCAAUGAGCUCUAGUGGAGGAAAUGAACCAAACCCAAUCUGUCUUUGCUUUUUUUCUCCUCUGCGAGCUGUCGUUUCCAUUUCCUGUUAUCAGUGUUGUCAUUAUUGUUUCUGUUGCUCAUAUUCACAAUCAUAGAAAAAUCAAAAAGUGGACACUGGAUGGACUCUUAAAGCUGUGUAAAAUAAAAGCCAAACAAAUGUGCUUUUUGUUAUUUAUGUUGGUAGCUUUUAGCCAAGGUGUAGGGGAGGACACUUUUAGUCAUUCUGUGUUUUAUUUUGUUUUACAGCAUGGCAAUAUGAAGCCAGAACAGGACAAAGGGAGUGUGAGGUUGUAUGAAAAUAUGCUUUUUUUUUCUUUUUUUUUUUUUUUAUGUACAUGCUAUUUCCUCAGCUAAUACAAUUUUAAGCAAUAGUAGAACUCCUAGGCCUAAGAGGGAUUUUUUUCUUUAUAUAUUCUAUUGUUUUGUAUGAAAAAAUGUGUUACUUAAUAAAUAAUUUACAUUUUA